CAGACGCUUCCCCUCUCUACACAUUUACAAACACACACACCCUGCUGCUGAUCCCGGUCCUCUGCGUGGCUCCUAGCUAGCCUUGGGAAUGUCUUGGUGUUUGGUGGGGAGGUGUUGCCCCCUAAGGAGGGGAGCGCGCUGAGACGCCCAUCUCUGCUUUUGCGAGCCGUCCCGGUCGGCGGCGCUGAGCGUCCUCCACCAUGGCCAAGCGAGAGGCUGGGAGCACCAGCCCGGUGGUGCGUCAGAUAGACAAACAGUUUUUAGUGUGCAGCAUCUGUCUGGACCACUACCGCAACCCCAAAGUGCUGCCCUGCCUGCACACCUUCUGUGAAAGCUGUCUCCACAACUACAUUCCUCCAGAGUCUCUGACGCUCUCGUGUCCAGUAUGUCGGCAGACAUCCAUCCUGCCGGAAAGAGGAGUGUGUGCUCUACAGAACAACUUCUUCAUCACCAACCUGAUGGAGGUCCUUCAACGAGAGCCUGAGUGUUCCAGACCUGAGGCCUGCAGUGUUCUCGAGUCAGUCAGCGCGGCGGCAGCGGGGAAACCACUAAGCUGCCCGAACCAUGAAGGAAAGGGGAUGGAGUUUUACUGCGAGUCGUGUGAGACAGCCAUGUGCCUGGACUGCACGGAGGGGGAGCACUGCGAGCACGUCACCGUUCCUCUGCGUGAUGUUGUGGAGCAGCAGAAGGCGGCGCUCAAGACCCAGCUGGACGCCAUCCACAGCAGGUUACCUCAGCUCUCCGCCGCCAUUGAGCUGGUGAGCGAGAUCUCUCGCCAGCUCAACGAAAGGAAGAGCGAGGCGGUGGCCGAGAUAACGAGCACCUUUGAGGAGCUGGAGCGAGCUUUGGAGCAGCGCAAGACAGCCCUCAUCACAGAUCUGGAGAACAUCUGCAACACCAAGCAGAAGGUUCUGCAGGCCCAGCUGUCGUCUCUCCUCCAGGGGAGAGAUCACAUCCAGAGCAGCUGUAGCUUUACAGAGCAAGCUCUCAGUCAUGGGACCGCCACUGAGGUUCUGCUGGUCCAGAAGCAAAUGAGCGAGCGUGUAACAGCGCUGGCGAGACAUGACUUCCCAGAGAGACCGCAUCAGAACGCACACUUGGACUGUCAGGUGGAGACUGAAGGUCUGCGGCGCUCCAUCCAGAAUCUUGGCGUCCUUCUUACCACAGCAGCAGUGGCUCACACCUCCGUCGCCACAGGGGAGGGUCUACGCCACGCAGCCACGGGACAGCACCACAGCAUCACUGUGACCACCAAAGACAAAGACGGAGAACUGGUGAGGACGGGAAACGCCGUUUUAAAAGCCCACAUCACGUCAACAGAUGGCAACCGCGCCACAGAGCCGGAUGUAACGGACAACAAGAACGGGACGUACGAGGUGGGCUACACGCUGCGCUCCGAGGGCGAGUACUCCUUCGCCCUGACGCUCUACGGACAGCCCAUACGCGGCAGCCCCUUCCGCCUGCGCGCCGUCAAACCCUGCGACGUGCCGGCAUCGCCCGACGACGUCAAGCGGCGUGUCAAGUCUCCCAGCGGCACCGGGGGUCACGUCAGGCAGAAGGCGGUGCGCCGGCCCUCCAGCAUGUACAGCACCACCAAGAAGAAGGAGAACCCCAUUGAGGACGAGCUCAUCUACAGAGUGGGGUCUCGGGGCCGAGAGAGAGGAGAGUUCACAAACCUUCAGGGCAUCUCAGCGUCCAGCAGCGGUAGAGUGGUGGUGGCUGACAGCAACAAUCAGUGCAUACAGAUCUUCUCCAACGACGGGCAGUUCAAGAUGCGCUUUGGGGUACGAGGCCGGUCGCCGGGGCAACUGCAGCGUCCGACGGGCGUCACCGUGGACUCCAACGGCGACAUCGUGGUGGCCGACUAUGACAACCGCUGGGUCAGCAUCUUCUCCUCUGACGGCAAGUUUAAGAACAAGAUUGGUGCGGGACGCCUCAUGGGUCCAAAGGGCGUGGCGGUGGACAAGAACGGCCACAUCAUCACGGUGGACAACAAGGCGUGCUGCGUCUUCAUCUUCCAGUCCAACGGAAAGCUGGUCACAAAGUUCGGAGGACGAGGGAUGACUGACAGACAGUUUGCAGACAAACUGGGUCCAAACCUAAAUAAGUCUGGCUCAGUUUUCAGUCCACACUUUGUCGCCGUCAACAACAAGAAUGAAAUCAUCGUGACGGACUUCCACAACCACUCGGUGAAGGUGUACAGCGCUGACGGAGAGUUCCUGUUCAAGUUCGGCUCUCACGGCGAAGGAAACGGACAAUUCAACGCCCCCACCGGCGUGGCCGUGGACGCCAACGGAAACAUCAUCGUAGCCGACUGGGGGAACAGCAGAAUACAGGUGUUUGACAGCACAGGCUCCUUCCUGUCUUACAUCAACACGUCGGCAGACCCGCUGUACGGCCCCCAAGGCCUCGCCCUUACCUCAGAUGGUCACGUGGCCGUGGCCGACUCUGGCAACCACUGCUUCAAGGUGUACAGAUACCUGCAGUAGUACACAUAAACGCAGUAGCAACUGUCUUGACUUCAUCAACUGCAAGCUGGCGCCGCCCUACAGGCUCCAACAAGGAAGGACAUUUCAACAUUUCUCACUGCGAUUAUUUCAUUUGGUCCUAAGUGGUUUUUCUGGCCUCCAGCCAGGCUUUUCUUAUUGGCACCAUUUCUUUGUCCGCUCCGACUCCUCCAUGAUGGGAUGGAACCAGUGCCGUCAGAUUUUCAUGCUAACGUUCUACCAGCCUUCGCUGUUCCAGCCCACGCAAGUACUGUGCUUGUACAUAAUCCAUACAUCAUCGAACUUAUUUAACCGUCUACACGCCAACCCGAGCUGAAAACGUUGUCCAAUGCAUAUUUUUCUUAUUUGCCAAAAUGUGCAUAAGCCCCGCCUCCUUCUGCCAGAAUGUUGUAAUAUGUUGCACAGAAUAGAAAUAAUCUAUAUAAUAGUAAAUUGUUUAGUUUGCCAGAGUAAUAUAUCAAUGUAUGUGUAUACUUAUCAUGAUGGCGUUCAGUCUGUUUUCUUUGUGCUCCUGCAGGAACAAACAGCAGCUAACCACAGCCAACGUUCAUGUUUUCUUUGCCGCCUCCAUUACCGCCAGCACGAGUAGCUUACUUAGUCAAGACAAAAUGUUUGAUUGUAAAUAUUCAAGUGUUCAACUAUAAAACAAAAAAAGUUGUCACAGCACACUCAUUUAUAUUCAUACUCAUGAUGAUGUGUUGCCAUGGACACCAGGCAGCUAAAGUGAGUAAAAAAAAAAAACGCCUUUGUCAGCAUUUUUUAAUCUCAUGAAGUCGGUAGAGCAAAUGAAGGCUCCCUUAACGUCCACAGAUGGUUAUUUACAUUUAUAGUGUGGCACUAAUACACAAUACGAGUGUGCAGUGUGAACAAAAACCGCUCACGUUACACACACCAAGCUUCACUUUAAAAACGAAACGGCUUAAAUUCAUAAAUUGGUGAUGAAAAGUAAAAGGGACCAAUCAACAAUUGCCAUUUUAAAAAGGCUGCUGUGAGAUUAAGAAUUUCAAAAAGGUGGUUCUGGUUACAAAAAAGUGCAGACACUGAAGAGGACGAUCAUGUCUCCUGCUGGUUCUGGUUUGGAAAAGACCAAUCAUAAAAAGUAAUAAAAGUCCAGCUUGACAAGCAGCAGAAGAUCAAGACGAGGAGGAAGUGGUCCAGAGGAGGGAAAAAAAAUAAAACUUAAAACAGGAUUAGAGACGACAUCCUUGUGCAAACUUCAGUCUCGAAUUGAUGAGGCAAGCUGCUCUCUGAUUGGUGGACACAGUGAUACCAGGGCGGGGCUUCAAGGAUGACAUAAGACCACAGAACUUGGGAGACAGCCCUCUCUCAGAAUAGAAGAUCUGUGCUGUUGCCUCAGUAGUAGUGACAGAUCUGCAGGCGGCUGCCCGGGUCGUUCUUUCCCGGGCUGAAGAACGGGUAGACGGGCUCAGCAAAGCAGGUGUCAAACAAGUACAGUCGCUUCAUAGUAACGGCGUCGUAGAAGCUGAGGUGCCCGUUGUCGUAGUCCAGGUACACGCCCACGCGGGGCGAGUUCCAGUAGUCUGCCACCAGGAUGCGGCCGUCCUCGCCAUUGGCAUAGAGGCGGUCCUGCAGGCACAGGCUCCAGUAUCCAGCAGAGGGCGUGAGCGUGACGAAGCCCUUCCUGUUGCUGCCCUCCGUGGUGACGCCCAGGUACCACACGCCCUUGUCGCGCACGUCCACCUCCCAGUAGUGUUGCCCGCCGCAGUACUGUGCCGUCGCCAGCACGCCGCAGAAGCGUGUGAAGCGCCCGCGCAGUUCCGGCUCCUGGUUCCGCACCAGCGCCUCCUCCACUUUGGUGUCGAAGUCUGAGAUGGCAAGGCUGGGGUGGGCCGUGUCGGGGUCCAGCGUCAGGUUCUGAGGCACUAAACACAGAUGGGGGGUGGGGUUAGUUCACUGUGAUGACAUAACCUCUCAGCACUGCUUCUGUGACUCACUGGUGUGCAGCACGUGCAUCAUCUUCUUCCACAUGAUGAGCUGGAAUGGUCCUGAGAAGUACAUCAUCUCUGUGGGACAGUUGACAGGUUCCAGAUCAGCAAAGGGUUUGCUGUGGACAACCCUGAGGACCAAGAUGGACAAUCAGGGCUUCAAUCACUCCUGCAUUAAACGGAUAAUAAUCUUAUUUAUGACAGCAGAGGACUUUUUGUGCACGAUGAGCAAUGCUGGUGACACUUUGAUGCUGUUGAAGGCAAACAGUAAGACAAACCAUUGUUUGUAUCAACAUAUAGUAUGUACCAGUCAAAAGUGUAUGGACACUUUCUCUUUCAAAAGCAUGACAAGGGGUCUACCAACUUUUGCCAGUUACCAUUUAUUAUAAACAUUAAUUCAGGGUGUCCAACCUUUUCCCAGAGGGCCGCAUACUGAAAAAUCCAAGGAUGCGGAAACCACGUUUACUUUUUUUUUUUUUUUUUUUUUUUAAAUUAAAUCAACCCAUUAACACUCUUUAUAUUAAAAAAAAAAACAGCCUGCAUCUCAGCUUUGUGUUACAAAGCACAUUAUUAGUAUUAUUAGUAUAAUUACACUUACUCAUUUUUCCUGUUUUUACAGAUAUUUCAACUUUCUUCUCGCAUAUAUUUUUUUCCACUUACGUCUUUGUCAUAAUAUUUUGCUUUACUUUUACCCAACAUACGUUUCCUAAAAGAAAAAAUGUUUUCUGUCUCAUUAUGGCUGUUAAAAUAAAAUAACAUUUUUAGUCUUUAAUAUUUCAACUUUAUGCUAUUUUUUCCUCUUUAAUGACUUUAUUCUAACAUUUUGUCUCUAUAAAAUCACUGCUCCCAUUCACCCCCAUUGUUGCCGUUUUCUUUUGUUUAAUUGUACACUAGGUCACCAACUUACGAACAUCCCGAGAUACCAACGCAAGUUGAUUGGUCUAAUUUUCAUGUAUUUUGUCUUUUGGAACUCCAUAUUUAUACUGUACAUGCUUGACCAGUAGAGGGCACUGUGACACUGCUAAUGGGACCAACAGGUAGAGGAAGACGCUGGGCAGAGAGUGUAAAGGAGACAUGGAAACUAAAUUGUAGCUGUAUGAUACAACCCGGACAGAGUGUGUGAUUAAAGUUUAUGAAGAGUUAAUAGGCCUGCUUAAUUCUACACCACCCACAGAACACUACCUCUUUUAGAAGAGUCUAACGACGACGACCAUUUGUCCUUUUUUCAAUAACUCCUCCUCCUCCACCACCACCACUACUACUACCACCAACGACGUAUGCUCGACCACUCCUCUUCAAAGGUAAAUAACAUUUAUCAUUACGUAUUAUUAUAUCAUUAUUAUUGUUUUUUCAUUGAUUAUCCUCGUUUAAUAUUACUACUGCAUCCAUACUCAUUUACAUACAUACACAUAUAUGUAUAUGUAUACACGUACAUGUAGUACCUAUAUCAUUGCUAAUAUCACCUUUUGUUCAACUUACAAACAAAUCGACUUGCAAAAGGUCGUCUGGGACCAAUUGUGUUUGUUAGUUGGGGACCUUGUGUAUUUUUAAGAACUGCCCCUUUGGACACCUCUGCAUUUAUGUGACUGGACGUCUGUCAGUGUUCUACCGUACGGUACAAGACGCCGCUGAAAGAGACCGUGUACUUAUGACCGGUAGAAUGUUAACAUUUGUGUGAAUGUCGGUAUUAACAUACAGUACAGUCAAAAGUAUGAGGACACCUUAUCAUUCAUGUCUCCAGACUUUGGACUGCAAGUGGCCUUAGAGAUGGAUGAAAGAUACUUACUCAUUGAAGGUCUCUGCCAGGCUCUGGUGGGGAGAGAGGCAAAAAAACCAACAUUCAAACACUGUGGCUUUUCGUUGCUAAAUAUAAGAAGCAGGAAGUGUUUGGCUCAAAACAAAAGUGCGACACUCCUCCAUGUGAGAAGGAGACCAUCUGUCCACCUAUCAUUACUUAGACCAGCGUGUGCGUUUUCCAUGACGUACCUUCAAGCUGGUCUUGCCACUGAUGUGGCUGUGGAUGUUGGCGAUGUUCUUGGUGACGGCGGCCGCCU